AUGAAGUCGCGAAAUGUGUAUGAAGCGUCAAUACGAUUGAAAGUGAAGGUUUUACUUUACGACAAAAAUUCCUACAAAACACUCGUCUUACAACCGUAUAUGACAGAAACGGUUGACGACACCUCAAUAACGGUAAUAUCGUUCAUGAAACCAUCAUGCGCUCUAUUGAAAAGCACAUUUGCAAUCAAAAAAAAUGAAAUCUCAAUCGUUCCAUACGAUUUUGUUUUACCGACCGAACGCUCCACAAAGGAAGAGGCGCUGAAACAGUUUUCAAAAUACAGAAAUAAGAUGAUCUGCGAUUGUGACGUGCAGGCAAACCCAACAAGGUGCAAUUGCCCAUCUGACUCAAUAAGCAGCAUCAAAACUGACAUAACCAAUAUUUUGCCUGUGUCAAGUCCAUUUGUAAAGGUUGUAAGCAAAAAUGGAGCGAUAACGGCAUUGUCCAGGAGAGAAGAAAUGACAGUCGCUACAGAGUCGAAGUAUAUGCGCGACAGCGCUCACUACAUUGUCCAGCAAAACAGCAACAUCAACUUGACAAAUUUGAUGGGCUGUUACAACUGUCAAGGAGGAGCUACCGUGAUUGCGUCAUGUUCCACAGAGAUUCCCGCUUGGGUUAUAAUUCAAUGCGACGACCAUAGCUUCUCAGUGGAAUGCAACCCGAACGCGAAGCUUUCGCUGAUCACUUUAGACUACCAACAAGCAGUCGUAAGACAGAACUGCCGUGUCACCUGCAACGACCGCUUGAUAAAAAUUCUUCUCUAG